CUUUUUAGGUCUUCCUGUAAUUAUAGUUUGAACUACACUUGCUAUCACAAAAACAAAAGGAUACGGCGAUGAUCAUUACUGCUGGCUGUCUCUAUCUGGUGGACUCAGAUGGGCAUUUGUUGGACCAGCCUUACUCGUGAUACUGUUCAACGUCAUUGUAUUGAUUCUGCUGUUCAAGAAAAUGUUUGCUCUAAAAGCCAUGGUAGACAAGCCAAUUAAAGACAAGAUCAAAAAAACUCUUUGGUCUCUGUGCGUUCUCGUGCCUUUGACGGGCGUCUCUUGGAUUCUCGGCAUCUUCUUCGUCAACGAGUCGGCCUCAUUCAUGCAGUAUGUGUUCGCAGUCUGCAAAGGGCUCCAGGGCGUUUAUAUCUUCGUAUUCAACUGCAUUUUGAAUGGACAGGUUAGAAAUGGCUUCAAGACGGAAAGAAUCAGGCGCCGAAACAAAUCAAUGACGAGUUUGUUCUCACUGAAUACCGUCACGAAAGAAUCGAACGGGAAACGGCGUGAUUGCGAUUAAGGCAACACUGAAACAGAUCCAUCCCUGUGUAAUCUGCAUCCGUUCCUGGUCGACCUUCAAACCAAACGAGAAACAUCUGGCAAUCAAUUAAAUAGGAACGACAAGCAACGUAUAAAUGUGGAUAUUUCAUAUGACUGAUCUUGAUGAAUACAAUGAUCAUAUGUAGGGAGUGCAAUAGAAGUUUUAAACGUUAUGUUUUAUUAAAAUAACUUUCUUUUCACUAGUAUAUACUUGCCAAGGACUUUAAUAAAAAUUUAAAAUCCAAAUGCUAUAUGUCAGAAAACUUAACUUUAUGUCCACUUGUAUAAAAAAUAUUCUGUCGUAUGAAAUAGCCGUUCCGUCUUGAAGGGUUUUGAAGGUUUUAUUUCCAUUCUGAAGAAAAGAGAUCUGAUUAAUUCCGACCACAAAACCAAAAAUAAAAAAUGUACAUAAAUUAUUUUGAAAUAAUUAAAAUUCAUAUUGUAUUAUAUUUAAAUACACUCUUAAUGUAUAAUCAGA